AAAUUUUCGCAUCAUACCUCCUGGAGGGCGCGCAAUAAAUUUGAUCGCACCACACAGCUCGCCAAACGGUUUUUCCCUUCCAUGACACAUUCCUUGUGCAUUUUCCGCCCAGGUGAAUAUCAAAUGAGCCAAAGCACCAGUUAAGAUAAGCAUCUCCUAUCAAACACCUUACACAAAGCGCAUCGUCCAACAUUUUCCAGAGGGAUAGCUUAGAUUUUAAAAUCCUAUUCCCUCCGGUGCUGGAUCCCUGGAACCGUGCCGUGGUGUGUGGUCAUCGCGUCAUCGAGGUCAUCGUUGUUGUGUCACCGCGCCUGCAGUCAAGGCUCAUUCGCACAUGGAUCCCAAUGAGGCAGAGGCCAUUUUCGAGCACGAAACCAGCCUGGGGGUACGCGUGUGGCAGUUGCUGUUCCUUUGUCUCGGAUCCGUUCUCGGGGUGGUCGUAAUGCUGUGUUGCUGCAUCCGGUUCCGAGUUCCCCGCACCAAGCAGGACAUCGAGGCGGACUACCGGAGGAAAAGUUUGACGCGGAAGUUCCGGGAACGGCUGGACUGUAUCAACAAUUCCGAAAUUGACGAAAUGGAUUUGCUAAAAGCUUUGGAACGCGUGAGAGAAGAGUGCAUCUCGGAACGGCAACAAUUUGUGAACAAAGAAAUUGCAGAAAACAAGGAUAAUCAAUCAUUGAACGAGGUUUUUAAUCAAGUGUAA